CCGCGCCAUUUUGGAUCGUCUUUCUGCACUAGCUAGUUGUUUCACGCUUCCUACAUUUGUUUAUGAUUCAUUUAAUCACUUUCCAACAAAGUGCGGAUAACAGAGAGUAGUCCUCGUGUUGGAAUUAAUAUUCAAGAUUGGUCUUCGUCUGGGGAAUGGACGGAGAAGAGGACGACUUCAUGUCUGAGAGCCACUCCGAUGAUGGAGGCGGCACUCCAGUUCUGGAUGAACAUCCAGCAUCGGACAGUGAGGACGUGAGCAGCAACAGACAUCAGUCUGAGGACGAGGGCAGCAAUGAAGAGGACACGUCCUACAACAAGCGCCGGGAUGACAGCGGCUCGGACAACGAUGCUCGGCCGGCUGUUGACAGCGACUCCGAGGCGGAAGCUGUCGGUCGCCAUGGCAAUGAAGGCAGCGACUCUGAAGCAGAGGCGGCGAGGCCUGCCGACAGCGACGAUGACUCUGUGGGCAAACGCCGGAUGAGCAUAUCAGACAACGAGGAAUCGUCGCCGGUCAAACACGCCGCCUCGGACAACGAGUAUGGGGGGGCGCCGUCCCCUGUCAGGCGCAGGGGAAGCAGCUCGGACAUGGAGGAAACGGGGGGUGCCGCCAAAGCGGCCGCAGACAGCGAUUCCGGCGACGAGGACUUCAGAGCAAAGUCUCCGAGUGGCUCCUUCAACGCUGACAGCGAUUCUGGCGACGAGGACGCCAAAGCAAAGUCUCCCAGCCGCCCUUACAACGCUGAGAGCGAUUCUGGCGACGAGGACGCCAAAGCAAAAUCUCCCAGCCGCCCUUACAAUGCUGAGAGCGAUUCUGGCGACGAGGACACCAAAACAAAGUCUCCCAGCCGCCCUUACAACGCUGAGAGCUAUUCUGGUGACGAGGACGCCAAAGCAAAGUCUCCCAGCCGCCCUUACAACGCUGAGAGCGAUUCUGGCGACGAGGACGCCAAAGCAAAGUCUCCCAGCCGCCCUUACAACGCUGAGAGCGAUUCUGGCGACGAGAACACCAAAGCAAAGUCUCCCAGUCGCCCCUUCAACGCUGACAGCGAUUCUGGCGAUGAGGACGCCAAAACAAAGUCUCCUCGUCGCCCUUUCAAUGCUGACAGUGAUUCUGGCGACGAGGACGCCAAAACAAAGUCUCCUCGUCGCCCUUUCAAUGCUGACAGUGAUUCUGGCGACGAGGACGCCAAAACAAAGUCUCCCAGCCGCCCUUUCAAUGCGGACAGUGAUUCUGGCGAUGAGGACGCUAAAGCAAAAUCUCCUAGCCGCCCUUUCAACGCAGACAGCGAUUCCGGCGACGAGGGCGCCAAAACAAAGUCUCCUGGCCGCCACUCCAAUGCUGAUAGUGACUCUGGCGACGAGGACGCUAAAGAAAAGUCUCCUCGCCGCUCUUUCAAUGUUGACAGCGAUUCUGGGGGCGAGGGCGCUAAAGAAAAGUCUCCUCGCCGCCCUUUCAACGCUGACAGCGAUUCUGGGGGCGAGGGCGCUAAAGCAAAGUCUCUUAGCCGCCACUCCAAAGCGGACAGCGGUUCUGGCGACAAGGGCGCUAAAGAAAAGUCUCCUCGCCGCCCUUUCAACGCUGACAGUGAUUCUGGGGACGAGGGCGCUAAAGCAAAGUCUCUUAGCCGCCACUCCAAAGCGGACAGCGGUUCUGGCGACAAGGGCUCUAAAGAAAAGUCUCCUCGCCGCCCUUUCAACACUGACAGCGAUUCUGGGGACGAGGGCCCUAAAGCAAAGUCUCUUAGCCGCCACUCCAACGCGGACAGCGACUCUGGCGACGAGGGCAUUAAAGCAAAGUCCCCGAGCCGACCCUCCAAACCUGAUAGUGACUCGGACGCUGAGAUGCCGACUCGACGCAAGGCGGCGCGCGUUGACUCUGAUGACGAGGCCGAGACGCGGCAAGGGAACGCUGAGGGGAAAGGACGGGGCAAGUGGAAGGCUGUGAUGAAGUCAGACAGCGAGGACGAGGGGGACGGGGGCGAGCAGAGGAAGGCCACCACAGGAAGUGAUGUCGAAAUGCAGGCGGCGCACAGAACCUCAGACAACAGCGACGAUGACGAGCAGCCAGUGAAGAGGAAGAAGGCCAUCCUAUCAGACAGUGAGGAUGAGGAGCAGACAAACAAACCAGCCAAGAGGAGUCGGGCCGUGUCGGACGACGACAACUCCGACAGCGACGCCGACUCGGGGGGACCCGAUAAAAGUAUGGCGGCCAAACUGAGAGAGCUGGGCUCCGACAGCGGCAGCGAUGAGGACGACGGGUCAAAGGCCACUGGCGAGAAAAAGGACGAGAAGGCGUUGUUUGGUAGCGACAGCGACUCUGAAGACAACGAGGAGGAGAAAAUGAUUGCCGACAUCUUUGGGGAGUCUGGAGACGAGGAGGAGGAGGAGUUCACGGGAUUCAACCAGGAGGACCUGGAAGGAGACAAGGAGGAGGCCACGCAGAAGAAGCAGCAGAUGCAAGAGGAUUCUGAUUCUGACGAGGGCGUCGAGCGCGGCGGCGGCGGCCACGACACCAGCUUCAUGUCCGACUUUGACAUCAUGCUCGCUCGCAAGAAGGCUAUGAGCGGCAAGAAGAGGCGUCAUCGUGACGGCGGGACAUUUAUCAGCGAUGCCGAUGACGUGGUCAGCGCCAUGAUCAUGAAGAUGACCGAGGCCGCCGAGGAGGACAGAACGCUCAACAGUCAGAAGAAACCGGCGCUGAAAAAGCUGACACUGCUGCCUCAAGUGGUCAUGCACCUGAAAAAGCAGGACCUGAAGGACACGUUCAUCGACAGCGGCGUCAUGUCGGCCAUCAAAGAGUGGAUCGGCCCACUUCCUGACAAGUCGCUGCCUGCGCUACGAAUCCGGGAAGAGCUACUCAAGAUCCUGCAGGAGCUACCCAGCGUGAGCCAGGAGACUCUGAAGCACAGCGGGAUCGGACGUGCCGUCAUGUUCCUGUACAAACACCCCAAAGAAUCCCGAUCCAACAAAGACCUCGCUCUCAAGCUGAUCAACGAGUGGUCUAGGCCCAUCUUUGGCCUGACGUCCAACUACAAGGGAAUGACCAGAGAGGAGCGACAGCAGCGGGACCUGGACCAGCAGAUGCCGCAGCGCAGACGACUAAGUUCUGGAGGUCAGACGCCACGUCGAGACCUGGAGAAGCAGCUGACGGGAGAGGAGAAAGCGCUGCGACCCGGAGACCCGGGCUUCUGUGCCAGGGCUCGCGUGCCGAUGCCCUCCAACAAAGACUACGUCGUGCGACCCAAAUGGAACAUGGAGAUGGAAUCCAGCAGGGGUCCCAUGAAGAGAGGAGGGAUGAACCGCGUGGACAAACAGAUGCGACGAUUCGCCGACAUCCGCCGCCUCACCAAGAUAGGUCACGCCGUCAAAAUCAGCGUGGAGGGCAACAAGAUGCCGCUCUGAUUUUCAGCCCCUUAGGAUUUAUUCCCUUUCCUUUUUGUUUUUCCUUUUUUUUUUUAAACGUUAGGUUGAGCUUGGCCCACUCUUUUGCACUUUUUAAAUCUCUUGUUUCUCACGCCGUGUGGAGCGUCUCCCCUCACAAACCGUCAUCAUGAUGCUGACAUGGUGUCAGUGAAAAUUGCUUGGUCACGUGACAUUUUAGUGUCCACGAGCCACAUUGACGGCUCUAAUGGACGCACGCAGAGCUCAGACCUGUUCGGAACCCUUCGGGCUCAAAUCUUUUCUGUUAUUAUAUUUGUUGCUGCUCAGGUCUGUGGUCUGCUCUAUCAGGUCUCAACAAAUGGUGAUGAUGUCACAACUGUUUCUGGGUCAGUUUGUCGAGCCUUAGCGGGCCCAUACAGUCGAUGACACUUUUCUUAAUAAAAACUCAAAGCCA